AUAACAGAGAAACUUUUUUUAUUCUAUCUCUAUUGAUAUCCGAGAUAUUAACAAUUAAAAAAAAUACAUUUUAGGGGUUGGGGGAUGAGAGACAAUCUCAGUGGGGUGAGAUUGUCUCUCAAUCAGUGGGGGAGGACAACAUUAUUUUUUGUAGUCAGUAACUUAAUACUAACUAACCUCUAUAUGUUGUUUGCUUUCAUCACCGUUUGGCACGCGAACCACUUUUUUUCGCCCUUUGCGGCUCUACUAAGGGUUCUUAGGCCCACUAAUAACAUCACAACAUGUAUCAAACCUAAGUUUAUAGGGGUAAAGCUAGGUAAGCUAGUAUUGAAGAACUUCGAGCAGUUUUCAGGAAUAGGAAAACUUGGCGGAGAUUCAAAAAGCUAAACCCAUAGAACUUAAAAGAGACUAGAGUGACGUCAUUGACAGUGCGGCCAUAUUUGUUGAGGGGCACAAUUUGUAAACAUAACGUUGUUGAAUGCAGAAAUAGGAGUUUGUUUUUUAAAGCUUUGUGAAAAUGCCUUCGUUUUGUUCAGUUGUAAAGUGUUCAAUGAGAGCUGAGAGGGACAAUGUAAGGUUUUUUAGAAUACCCGCUGCUUUAAAAGGUCGAGGAGAUAUGUUAGAUGCCUUGUCAAAUGAACGUCGUGAUCUUUGGAUUAAGUCUUUAAAAAGGGGCCCUUUGACAGACACGUUCCUAAAAAAUGCUCGAAUAUGUUCUAGGCAUUUCAUAAACGGUGCUCCCGCUGAGUUAGAAGAUAAAGGCAAUCCCGACUGGGUACCUAAUCAAAAUAUGGGUUAUGUUACAAUUAAAACUGUAACUAAAAAAGCAGUAGAGAGACAUGACAGGGCAUUAAAUAGGAGAAAGAGGGUUAAGUUAGAGAUAAAUGCAGAGGAAAGCAAGACAGGAAUCGACCCAGGUAUCAAUCCAGGAAGUGUCAAUACUCCCAGUGGUAGCACCCAAAUGGAGAACAUGAAUGAAGAAAUUUCGGCUACAAAAGUUAGUGAAACACAAACUAGUAUUGCAGUGCAAACUGACCUACCAAUUGACAAUUUGUGUAAACUUUUUGCUAUAUAAGAUCUUAAGUUUUGCAAUAGUCAAAUACACGAGCUAAAACAAAGGCUUGAAAGCUGUGAUUUAAAUGAAGAUUUAUUUAAAAAUAAUGACUCUAAAUGUUUAUAUUUUACCGGUCUUAGCUGCAAUAUAUUUUUUACAUUAUAUGAAGAUAUUAAGCCAUUCUUGUCUGUGAAAAAAGCAUUGUCACCUUUCCAACGGUUGCUGCUCACAUUAAUGAAAUUUAGAUUAAAUUUACACUUUAAGUAUAUG